AUGUUUCGUGGUAAAACGCUCCAUCUUGCACAAUUGCUCCUCACGGUAGCGCCUGCAUUCAUCACCUAUGGAUAUAACCAAGCUGGCGUAGCUCCACUCGCAUCUCUCCAGUCAUGGGUAUCUGUAUUUCCGGAGAUUGACACAAUCAACACUGAAGGGGCUAUCAAAGAAAGAAAUUCUACGAGGAAGGGUGCAGUCAUUGCCGCUCUGCAACUGGGGGCUCUUCUGGGAGCCCUCACAUGCGCCUACUUUGGCGAUCGCCUUGGUCGUCGAAAGACUAUAUUCAUGGCAGCUGUCAUUACGAUCAUUGGAGAGCUGCUACAGGUAUCUUCCUACGGAAUCAUUCAGUUCACUUUGGGUCGAGUCAUCGUCGGAAUCGGAGUCGGGCAACUGAGCGCCACCGUUCCAGUGUGGCAGGCGGAAUGCAGUUCCGCAAAGCAUCGUGGACAACACGUGGUGGUCGAUGGAAUAUGUAUGGUCUUGGGUUUUGUGAUCACCAAUUGGGUCGACUAUGGAUUCAGCAAGACGACUGGUGAAGUUCAAUGGCGUGUUCCAUUGGCACUAUCAUUCAUUUUUCCCAUGGCAGUCGCCGCAUCUAUCUUCCUACUACCGGAGUCACCCCGGUGGUUGGUUAUGGUCAAUCGAACUGACCAGGCUGCGCAAUGUCUUGCGAAGUAUAGGGACCUCCCUGUGGAUGCUGAAGCGGUGCAGGCGGAAAUCGCUAGUAUAGAGUCAUCACUGGAGAUCACCGCACAGUCUGAAAGCCUCACAUUACGAGCAUUGUUUGUGGGAGAUGACGAUGAGCGCCUGCUGUACCGAUUCGCUCUCUGUAUUGUCAUACAAUUCUUCCAGCAAAUGUGUGGCGGCAACUUGAUAUCAACAUACAUUUCGACGAUAUUCGAAGAAAACCUCGGCUUGGGCUCUGAACUGUCUCGAAUCCUUGGUGCGAGUGCACUUACAUGGAAAUUCGUGUGCAAUUUCAUACCAUUCUUCGCAAUCGACCGACUUGGCCGACGGAAGGUGUUUAUUGUCAGCGGAGCUGGCAUGUGUCUCUGCAUGACAGUACUGGCCAUCACGACAAGCUUUGAUAACGCAUCGAGGGGACUAUCAAUAGUUUCCGUGGUAUUUAUCUGGCUUUUCAACAUGUUCUAUCCAAUUGGAUUCUCCGGUGCCAACUUUCUCUAUUGCACUGAAGUUGCGCCGAUGCGUUUGCGUGUCGCCAUGUCCUCAGUAUCGACUGCAAACAAGUGGCUCUGGAACUUCGUUGUUGUCAUGAUUACACCGGUCGCACUCGACACCAUUGGAUGGAGAUAUUAUAUUGUCUAUGCUGUGAUAUCGGCCUGCAUCCCAGUCACGGUCUACCUGUUUUAUCCCGAGACAAUGGGUCGCAACCUUGAGGCCCUGAAUAAUGUUUUCCGCGAUGCACCUUCCGCCUGGCACAUCGUGGCAAUGGCCAAAAAGUUGCCACAGGGAGAUGUGCCAGAUAUGCCUGCUCAGGCAGGCGAGGAAAAGAUGGUGGUCGAAAUGAAGGAACAUGCUUGA